GGACGCAGAGCUUCGAGCUGGGACUGGUUCUUUCGCAGCCAUUUUCUGUCCAACCACACGGCCGUUUUGAGAAGCUAACCAACCAGGGCUGUAUCGGAGGUUUGUGCCUGGCUCUGGCCAAUGAUUGCUAUCCGAUUUCUCUUUACCUCGAAUCGAAAUCUCCGUGUUUGACUGUUUCUCUUUAUUUGAUGGUGGCGUGAGAGGGAAUUAGCGGCGGGAAAGUAGAAAUUAAGACUUCGAGUUGAGGAAUUCUAGGACCCGCUAGUAAAUGGUCUCUCACUCACACAUCAGGCCCUCCACAAAGACUUUAGCCCUAAAAUGUUAACGUUAAGUAUCUGUCAAAUGUAACAGGCUAAUUGGCUAUGUUUGGUAUGGUGCUCAAUAAGUCAGACUGGUGGUCGACGGGAUGUCUUGAAUUUUGUGUAAACAUGACGAAUUUGCGAAAUCGUGAGUUACUCAUCGAUUCAAUGGGCAUAAAUUGUGGCUUUUUGCUUUGCCUUUGUAUGUGUAAGUUAGCUAGCUAAUAAGGUUAAUAGCUAGCAUUAGGUAGCGCACAUUGCUACUGCUAACUACUGUAGCUUGUUAGCAUAGCUAAAGUUGUGUCCGGGUUUUCGUCUAACUAGCUACUUUAGCUAUUUCGUCUUAGGUGAAAAUACAAACUGUCCUCCCCCCGCGUCUUUGCCUCGACCUCAAAGCCGUCUCUGGGUACAACUUUAGCCAGUUAUGUUAGCUAGUAGUACUAACUAGCCAAUUGGCUAGCUAACGUUAGCUAUUUUGUUUGCCCGCUGGCUAGUGGUCAGGCAGCGCGGGAACAAAGGGAAUGUUGCAGGUAGCUAGAAAAAGCCAGAGCAGAGCCAUGCCUAUGUAAAACCUAACUGGGUAACAAUCUGCUCAUCGAUUCAUGACCAUCCACGCCUGAGCUAGUAACAAAUCAUCCAUGCGCAUGUAGUUUUUAUGCAACUGUUUGUAUGGUAGAUUCAGGCCAGUAGUUAUGGCUAAUGACAUGUACGCCGAUUUACAGCCUCGGCUAGACAGCUACAACAACCUGUGUUCAGUUUUCGAUUGACUAUUUGGAUAGUUCAUCCAGCCAGUGAUUAGUUAAUGUAGCUAAAACAGAAACAGUUUAGCAUACAGUCAACCCUAAUGUUUUUCUUAAAUCAUGCCCUAAUAGGAACUGGGUUAUAACUUCUGUCUUUGUUUACAGAUGGAUGGAGACGGUUCAACGACAGACGCCUCUCAGUUGGGCAUGCCAGGGGAGUACAUGGCAGGAAGCCACUAUGUACUCCAGUCACAGGAUGGUAGGUGGUGGAACUCUCCUCACAGACCAAGCGCCAUAAUCAGCAGCACCCUCUUCUCUAGCAGUUUGUCAACUCCAUCAUGUACAUCACAUUAAUGGAAUUUAGUGGAGACGAGUAUGUGGACUGUAUCUCCAACUACAUUGAGUCGUUGUCAGGCUAUACUUCUAAAAAUUGAAAUUUUUAAACCCCUACCAUGUACCACAGGAUGUUGGUGGCACCUUAAUUGGGGAGGACGAGCUCGUGGUAAUGGCUGGAGCGGAAUCAGUGGAAUGGUAUCAAAUACAUCAAACAUGGUUUGAUGCCAUUCCCUUUACUCCGUUCCAUGCCGUUACUAUGAGCCUUCCUCCACUGCCGUGUUCCUUUGUUUGUCGGCUGUGUGCCUUUUUUUGUCCUCUGUUUGCUGGAAUCCUAUACUUUUUAAUAAAACGUCAAUCAAAUACAACCACCGACUGUUUCCUCGUAUCGCUGACAACGACUCAAUGUUGUCGGAGGUACACUCCGCCCACAGUCGUCACAACCCAACCGAGAAGUAUUUAUUUAUUUAUUUUUAGUCACUUAGCAGACGCUCUUAUCCAGAGCGACUUACAGGAGCAAUUAGGGCUCAAGGGCACAUCGACAGAUUUUUCACCUAGUCGGCUCGGUGAUUAGAACCAGCGACCUUUCGGUUACCGGCACUACGCUCUUGACCACUAAGCUACCUACGUUGAGUUGAGAAACCCAGCUACCUCUUCUCUGACAUGCACAUUCCCCUUUUCAGAAUAAAAUGGGUGCCCAAUGAUACAGGACACAAUCAGAGGACCCCUAUAUAAAGAUACGGACAUGGGCACUCCCACCUUUCAAAUGCCCAAAGGUGCUUCACAAAUAAUGAUGCUUACAUAAUGUAGUAAUUCUAAAUGACAAGGUUUGACAUGGACCAAGUCACAUGUAGAUUUGACCUCGGACUAACCUUGCUUGGUGAAUAGAAGUAGGGAAGUUUUGUGUAGGCCAAAAUGUGGUGUUGAAUAGGAAUGUAACAUGCCCCUCUCCCUGACACAGAUGACUGUGAUGAGAGCCUGCAUGACCAUGAGGAAGGCAACGGCAGCAAGGAAAACUUCCGUGAGCAGGACAUCUACCUCCCCAUCGCUAACGUGGCUCGCAUCAUGAAGAACGCCGUCCCACAGACAGGAAAGGUGUGGAGCAUGACUCUUAGAAGUUAUUUGCUUUGCUUGUUUUUUGCUUUUUAUUUAUUUGCUUUUAACAGGUAUUUGGAUUCUGUGAGGUCCAUAAAUCUACACAAAUCAAGAUUGAAACAGCGACAAAGCCAGAUACGUAAACCACAGAAUCAUCUAGGGCUGCCAACACACCUAAAUUACUAUUAGGGAUGCACAUUUCUUAUAAUUUUGCUGCCGACUGACCCUCAUUAAAUGGUAAAAAAAAAUCCUGACAGUAAAAUUACGUGACGUGAUUUUGCAGGUUUUUUGAAACAUCACAGUACAGUUAAAAUAUAUGGCAAAUAGAAAUCCAAUAUGGAUGGUGAUAAGAGAUAGAUGGGAGGUGUUGAAUGGAGCUGAAGGAUGGGAAUAAUAACAACUAACAACAACUAAUAACAACAACAUAACUAAUGUAAAGCAUACUGUGUCUAUAAUAAGUAUAUUUGGUUAUAGGUUGAGAGCUUUUGUGAAAGAGCACAGUUAGAAAGAUUUGGCAUAUACAGUGGGGAGAACAAGUAUUUGAUACACUGCCGAUUUUGCAGGUUUUCCUACUUUCAAAGCAUGUAGAUGUCUGUAAUUAUUAUCAUAGGUACACUUCAACUGUGAGAGAUGGAAUCUAAAACAAAAAUCCAGAAAAUCACAUUGUAUGAUUUUUAAGUAAUUAAUUUGCAUUUUAUUGCAUGACAUAAGUAUUUGAUACAUCAGAAAAGCAGAACUUAAUAUUUGGUACAGAAACCUUUGUUUUCAAUUACAGAGAUCAUACGUUUCCUGUAGGUCUUGACCAGGUUUGCACACACUGCAGCAGGGAUUUUGGCCCACUCCUCCAUACAGACCUUCUCCAGAUCCUUCAGGUUUCGGGGCUGUCGCUGGGCAAUACGGACUUUCAGCUCCCUCCAAAGAUUUUCUAUUGGGUUCAGGUCUGGAGACUGGCUAGGCCACUCCAGGACCUUGAGAUGCUUCUUACGGAGCCACUCCUUAGUUGCCCUGGCUGUGUGUUUCGGGUCGUUGUCAUGUUGGAAGAGCCAGCCACGACCCAUCUUCAAUGCUCUUACUGAGGGAAGGAGGUUGUUGGCCAAGAUCUCGCGAUACAUGGGCCCCAUCCAUCCUCCCCUCAAUACGGUGCAGUCGUCCUGUCCCCUUUGCAGAAAAGCAUCCCCAAAGAAUGAUGUUUCCACCGCCAUGCUUCACGGUUGGGAUGGUGUUCUUCGGGUUGUACUCAUCCUUCUUCUUCCUCCAAACACGGCGAGUGGAGUUUAGACCAAAAAGCUAUAUUUUUGUCUCAUCAGACCACAUGACCUUCUCCCAUUCCUCCUCUGGAUCAUCCAGAUGGUCAUUGGCAAACUUCAGACAGGCCUGGACAUGCGCUGGCUUGAGCAGGGGGACCUUGCGUGCGCUGCAGGAUUUUAAUCCAUGACGGCGUAGUGUGUUACUAAUGGUUUUCUUUGAGACUGUGGUCCCAGCUCUCUUCAGGUCAUUUACCAGGUCCUGCCGUGUAGUUCUGGGCUGAUCCCUCACCUUCCUCAUGAUUAUUGAUGCCCCACGAGGUGAGAUCUUGCAUGUAGCCCCAGACCGAGGGUGAUUGACCAUCAUCUUGAACUUCUUCCAUUUUCUAAUAAUUGCACCAACAGUUGUUGCCUUCUCACCAAGCUGCUUGCCUAUUGUUCUGUAGCCCAUCCCAGCCUUGUGCAGGUCUACAAUUGUAUCCCUGAUGUCCUUACACAGCUCUCUGGUCUUGGCCUUUGUGGAGAGGUUGGAGUCUGUUUGAUUGAGUGUGUGGACAGGUGUCUUUUAUACAGGUAAGGAGUUCAAACAGGUGCAGUUAAUACAGGUAAUGAGUGGAGAACAGGAGGGCUUCUUAAAGAAAAACUAACAGGUCUGUGAGAACCGGAAUUCUUACUGGUUGGUAGGUGAUCAAAUACUUAUGUCAUGCAAUAAAAUGCAAAUUAAUUACUUAAAAAUCAUACAAUGUGAUUUUCUGGAUUUUUGUUUUAGAUUCCGUCUUUCACAGUUGAAGUUUACCUAUGAUAAAAAUUACAGACCUCUACAUGCUUUGUAAGUAGGAAAACCUACAAAAUCGGCAGUGUAUCAAAUACUUGUUCUCCCCACUGUAUAUCGAUAACGGUCACUUAUUAAAUCAUUACCUCAGUCUCAUUCUGAACGUCGCGUAAUCCUUGCACAUGCAAGAACCCUAACCUUAUUGAUGAAUCGGCAAUAAACAAAUUGGCUUAAUUAUUUACUAACUAAAUAAUAACACAGAAUGCACACACACACACAGUAUAGGUUACUGAUUACUAACGUAAUACAAUGAAAACAGGUCCCUAGUGGACUGGACUAACAAUAGCAUGACUGCCUGGUUAGGGGAAGGAGGGGUCAAUUGAAAGAGAGUGAAAGGGAGAGACAGAGAUUCAACUUAUUGUUACAUUUGGAAACCACCGCUCAUUCGGAUAAUAAAUGCAAUGCAUAUUUACGUGUAGCUGUCCUUGAUCGUCGUCUCUCUGUUGAACCACUUUCUCAAAAAGGGUUUGAGUGUCCUAUUCCACUUCGGUGAGACUCGGCUUGUCUUCGAAUGGAGUGUUCGUUAGAAUAGAUACUUCAGAUGUACCAACGGUUGUCUGAGAGGGAUUGUCAUUCCCAACUCGUGUCUUUAGUGAAAGUUCUAGACAACUUUACAUGUACAGCUGCAGACUAAUAUGAUAAGGUCUAGUGCGUGGUCUUCUUCUCUUGUAGAGAUUGAGAGUUUUAGAGUUUCUCCAUUUCAAACGUAUGGACUACAGUCUCACGUUUUCUGGUCUGUAGAGUGUCAACCAUUUGUAACUUUCAGCUCCUGCUGCACGUCGGCUGGUCUGUAGCGGUUCAACCAUUUGUAACGUGAGCUCAUGCUUCACGCUGGCUGGUCUUUCUCAUUCAAAGUUCUAACCAUUCUAAACGUGCAGUACCCACUCACGUUUUCUGGUCUUUCUAGUCUAACCAUUUUAAGCUGUGUAGCCACAGCUCCACGCUUCCUGGUCUAAUGUUAAUUUGUCUUUCAAGUCUUUAUGCCCUCUUGGUAAAGGGGCGUUCCUACUUGCUGACACGAUCUCUGAUGGCACUUGGGGUGUGUCUACUCACUAAAUAGUUUAUAUGAAAAACUAUUAUCUCAUUAGAAGACUAAAAUCACUUUCAUAUCUUCACCAAAAUUAUUUUAUCAUAUAUUUUAUACAACAUUUAGAUGUAAACUUGAUAAAUAGAAUAUGUACACUUUCCGAGUUAGUUAUUUCUUGAUAGCAUCCUUAAUGACAUCACAAAAUAAUAAACAAUAUGACAAUGUUCCAAUCUUUUGACGUUAGAAAUUUUAGGCGGCAAGAGUCUCUGUAACAAAGAGAUUUCUUUCUUCCCAUACUAGAGACCAAAAGGAGUUCUGAUCUGGCACCUUUGAUCCUCACCAAGGAGAGAGUCAUGACACUGCCUUAAGUUCACAUUGCAAAGUGGUGGGUGACGCGCUAAUAGUCAAGUGUAGGCAGGCUAUAGCCUAUGCAUUCGAAUAGCGAAUGGAAGGCGCAAUUUAAUUACGAGUUGAGAUUGAGAAAUAAAAAUAGCUCCUUUUUAAUUGUGUUUUUAUCCCCCGACUGCAUUUAGAAUUGUUAAUUGUUGCGCAAUGACUGGGCUUACAAAAGCAGGUUUCACUUCAGUAGCCCACAUGCUUUUUGAGGAGCUACUCUCAUGCUGUCUGACAGGUGGUAGGCUAUUCCGCUCCUCAAACUAGGCGCUGUAUGCUGUGCUCAUGUCAUAAAUAAAAUGCAUGACAACUAACGAAAAUACACACGUGCAAAUUUUAAUUCCACACAAUUAUGCUAAUUAACCUAUAGACCGAUAAGCAUGAUCGGUCAAAUGUAUUUUGCGGCUAACCGUUAACAUCUCUAAUUACUAUCAUAACCAAAUUGAGGCUAUGUAUUUUGAAGUGAUAGGGACUCCUCUGACCUAUGCAAUGGUAGAGGAAACACUUAGACUGAGUACACUGUUGCUGCUUUUUGACUGUUACGCCAGUGUAUACACCCUUAUGUUAUACUAGGGAAAUUGUGUUUCCAAAGCUAGGGCUGACAGUGAGGACUUGUGAAGAACGGAAUCAACAACCUCUGCAUAAUCAAAACAGUUGCUUUUUGAGAAGGCGUUAGUUCACAGUUAGCCAUUGUUAUGUAAAUGACAGCUGAUGGAAACAGAAAAGUCUGAGCCUUUUGGGUAAAACACUGGGGUAAAUGCUCUAUGGAAAUGCGCCAUUUUGUUAAGCACAGAAGCGCCUUUCAGGUCACCCAAGGACACACUGCAUUUGUAUCUUUCAAGACUAAAUAUUCGCCAGUGUUGAUGUAUUUCUCCUCUGCCUUAGCCCAAACAAAGGGUUUGUUAUUGCUGUGUUCAUUUCUUGGCCGUCAACUAGUUACACUGAUAAUACUUGCCCUUCCAGUUACUGUGGAUUCUACUUUAUACUCCCUAGUUCCAGGUGGUAAAUAUCUCAAAGGUUCAGUGUUUUCCCACCCAAAGCACGGCUUCGAUGCCUGAUAAAUUACACAGGUCAGGUUGACCGGGCCAUCAGUUUUUUUUGUUUUUUACCAAAUCCAUCAACAACACCUCAGAUGUGAACACUGAGUUUGAUUUCCCAGACACACUUUCUGGAGAUUCUCCAAUGACCAUGCUUUUUAGUUCAGGACUAGGCUUAAUCUGUGUCCAGGAAACUGGCCCUAAAUGUAGUUUCCACAUCAACCUUUGGCUGCAUGUUGACCUAGAUCCCCCUUCCACUAUUAAUUCUGUCCAGAUAGCGAAAGAUGCCAAGGAGUGUGUUCAGGAGUGUGUGAGCGAGUUCAUCAGCUUCAUCACGUCGGAGGCCAGCGAGCGCUGUCACCAAGAGAAAAGGAAGACCAUCAACGGAGAGGACAUCUUGUUUGCCAUGUCCACCCUGGGCUUCGACAUGUACGUGGAGCCACUCAAACUCUACCUACAGAAGUUCAGAGAGGUGAGAGGAAGUGUGUGUGUGCUAAGUGCCAUAACUCGUGCACUCUAGACUGGUGUGUAUGAGUUCUUAUGCUAUUCGCUAUCCAUGGGCCUUGGCUCAAACACAAAGGGCUUGUUAUUGCUAUGUCCCUUUUUAGACAUCACACCAUUGAUGCUGUGGAAAUACAGCUCAAUUCAUAACACUAACAAAUUCUCAAUGUGUGUGUCACUCUCUAUCCCAUAGGCGAUGAAAGGGGAGAAGGGAAUCGGCGGCAUAUCUGUAACAGAGGGACUCGGAGAAGAACUCACAGACGACAGCUUCGGUAAGUGGGGUUUCAAUCCCAAUAGAAAUCAUUCAUAUUUGCUGUUAUCCUCCAACACUGUUACAAACUCAAGGAUUAGGUGCUGUAUGCAUAAAUGUAUUCCUUUGUUAUUCAUGUGACAGGGUCAUCAGCUAGUUUAUGGUCUAGCUGCCAUGAUGGCCUUAUUUACUGCAGUUCUCCCCCCUGGGCCCAGGCAAUUUCCUCCCCUGAAGAUUGUUAGCUUCUGAACAAACAGAGUAAAAACUCACGGACGACUAGGAAAAAGCUCAAACCAAGUUUAUUCAACCACUGGGUCAUACAGCUGCAAAGACAACAUACAAGUCACACAAACACAUCUUUAUACCUUCCAACUAGGCGGAGUCACCUCCUUGCAUGUCUAAGAGAACCAAUCCUUCUUUGCUGUGUUUGCUGUUAGAAACACAGUAGGUUCCUCUUACUGGUAUUGUCAUGGCCCUGCCUAACUCUAGGACCCUCAUGGGCGUGGAAGUGAGUAUAUAUGUGUGCGAUAGGACUAAUCAGAUGUUCUUCGAUAUGGGCCCCUGUGGCCCCCCUUCCAGCAGUAUCUUCUCUCUUCAACUGUUGAUCUUGUCUCGAGUUGAGUUCCACAUCCCUCAUGGUCCUGGUUCCGCAGCAACUGGCCUGCCUUAUCAAGAACUGAAACUAGACUGUUGCCCUUUGCCUCCCUCCUUAGGAACAUUCAUAUUCAACAAUAAUACAGUGCAUUCGGAAAGGAUUCUGCCCCUUCCCCUUUUCCACAUUUUAUUACUUUUGUUGUAAUAAGCUUGAAAUACUUGAUAGACUGAUCAUGUCUUUGUCAGUGGGCAAACGUACAAAUUCAGCAGGGGAUCAAAUACUUUUUUCCCCCACUGUAUAUGGUGGGGUCAAUGGAGUGUGGAUAAGAACUAGGGUUAUGGAAGUUACUGAGUGAGGAAAAAGGCAAUCACUUGGUUGCGGUCACUGAUAAGGUUGGAUACCCAUGGAUAAGGGAAGAGUGAGGAAUGUGAAAUUUUUUGCACAUUUAUACAAAAAAUUAAAACGAUGCCUUAUUUACAUAAGUAUUCAGACCCUUUGCUAUGAGACUCGAAAUUGAGCUCAGGUGCAUCCUGUUGCCAUUGAUCAUCCUUGAGAUGUUUCUACAACUUGAUUGGAGUCCACCUGUGGUAAAUUCAAUUGAUUGGACAUGAUUUGGAAAGGCACACACCUGUCUAUAUAAGGUCCCACAGUUGACAGUGCAUGUCAGAGCAAAAACCAACCCAUGGGGUCGAAGGAAUUGUCCGUAGAGCUCCGAUACUGGAUUGUGUUGAGGCACAGAUCUGGGGAAGGGUACCAAAACAUUUCUGCAGCAUUGAAGGUCCCCAAGAACACAGUGGCCUCCAUCAUUCUUAAAUGUAAGAAGUUUGGAACCACCAAGACUCUUCCUAGAGUUGGCUGGCCGGGCAAACUGAGCAAUCCGGGGAGAAGGGCCUUGGUCAGGGAGGUGACCAAGAUCCCGAUGAUCACUCUGACAGAGCUCCAGAGUUCCUCUGUGGAGAUGGAGAACCUUCCAGAAGGACAACCAUCUCUGCAGCACUUCACCAAUCAGGCCAUUAUGGUAGAGUGGCCAGAUGGAAGCCAAUCCUCAGUAAAAGGCUCAUGACAGCCUGCUUGGAGUUUUCCAAAAGGCACAUAAAGGACUCUCAGACCAACAUGUCUCUGGUCUGAUGAAACCAAGAUUGAACUCUUUUGCCUGAAUGCCAAGCGUCACGUCUGGAGGAAACCUGGCACCAUCCCUACGGUGAAGCAUGGUGGUGGCAGCAUCACGCUGUGGGGAUGUUUUUCAGCGGCAGGGACUGGGAGACUAGUCAGAAUCGAGGGAAAGGUGAACGGAGCAAAGUACAUUGAGAUCCUUGAUGAAAACCUGCUCCAGAGCGCUCAGGACCUCAGACUGGGGCGACAGUUCACCUUCCAACAGGACAACAACCCUAAGCACACAACCAAGACCACGCAGGAGUGGCUUCGGGACAAGUCUCUGAAUGUCCUUGAGUUGCCCAGCCAGAGCCUGGACUUGAACCCGAUCGAAUAUCUCUGGAGAGACCUGAAAAUAGCUGCGCAGCGACGCUCCCCAUCCAACUUGACAGAGCUUGAGAGGAUCUGCAGAAAAGAAUGGGAGAAACUCCCCAAAUACAUGUGUGCCAAGCUUGUAGCGUCAUAUCCAAGAAGACUCGAGGCUGUAAUCGCUGCCAAAGGUGCUUCAACAAAGUACUGAGUAAAGGGUCUGAAUAAAUGUGAUAUUUCAUUUUUUUAAAUAAAUUUGCAAAAAUUUCUGAAAGUCCGUUUUUGCUUUGUCGUUAUGGGGUAUGGCUGUAGAUUGAGGGGGGGGGAAACAAUUUAAUCCAUUUUAGAAUCAGGCUGUAACAUAACAAAGUGGGAAAAGUCAAGGGUUCUGAAUGCACUGUAUAUUUGAACAGAAUAUGAACUUUCUGCACUUUCCCUUUUCUCACUCAGUAACUUUCCGUAUCACUCAGUAACUUUCACACACCAAGUUCCUUUUUACCCUUUCCUUGACCCUUGACAUAUACAUUUCUUAUACAUGUAAAGUACUGAAUAAAUUCUGUUAUGAUAACAUUAAUACGUUUAUUUCAAGCUAGAAUCCAACAGUACACUCUAUGUUUAAAAUGUAUUUCAUUAAUUUCUAACAGUGGGUGACAGUGAGUGACAGACCAUUGCUUCAUGGAAAUUGUGACUGCGUAAUCUGAAGUAUAAAUCUGUUUCCUUUUGCAGCGAACCAGUUGCCUGCUGGAAUAAUAACUGCUGAUGGACAACAACAGAAUGUCAUGGUUUACACCACCUCGUACCAACAGGUAAGGGUGCUCCUGAGUUUACUCUCCACGCUGCAAGUACUCAUUAAGACAACACGUGAGAGUGAUGAGUUGCACCAUCAGUCGGGGCGCUGGUUGCAGUGGCACAGGCAUCCCGUCCCGCACCUCUCUGGGGACACAACCAUGUGCACAGGGGCCAUCUGACUCACCCCCCCACCACCACCACAAGUACACACAACUGUGCACCCCGGAACAUGUUAAUCCAUGAAUAAUGAAUAUAUCGUAUCAUAAACGUCUGAGAGUAACCAUGGCUUGCAGCUGACCAUAAAGAAGUGAGAAACAAAGAUCUCUACAUGUUAGUUCUGCUCUGUCUCUGGGUGGCGGGUAGCCUGCUCCCCGGGCGCCGAUGACGUGGAUGUUGAUUAAGGCAGCCCCCCUGACCUCUCUGAGGGGUUGGGUGAAAUGCGGAAAGAAACAUUUUGGUUGAAUGCAUUCAGUUGUGCAACUGACUAGGUAUCCCCUUUUCCCUUUUCCAGAUUCCCGGAGUGCAGCAGAUCCAGUUCUCUUGAGGAGGUUCCGGAAUUCCCCAUUUGUAUUUGGAACACGUUUGAAAUGGGUUAGAGAUUACAGCAUAACUGAACACUCAGGUCAAAAGAUGGUGGUGGGAAGAUGGAAAGAGAGGGGAGCGGAUGCAGAACUUGCAGAGGGGGGUUUGGAUCAGAAUCGGAUGUAUGUUCUGGUCACGAUAAAGAACCAGACUGGAGCCGAUCUGGACACAGUUAUUUGGCUGUUUUUGUUUAUUGAAGAUUUUCAGAGUCACUUUAUUUGGAUAGUCUGGAUUUUCCAUCUGCAUAUGCUCUACAGCAGGGAAGGCAUUUGAAAUUAUUUCACUCUUCAAAUAAUAUCCAGAUUAUUUCGGAUAUCCGGAUAGUGUAAAAUAAAUGUUUUGAAAGAGAAAAAUAUAUAUUUUAAAACUUCAAUGGAGACUUGAUCGCGCGAGAGAGAGAGACGGUGGGGAAGGCGAGAGGGGAGCAGUGGCCGGUGUGUGUGGCACGGAGGGAGAGAGAGUAGACAAACUUGUUGCUGCCAUAGGUUAUCUGUCAUACCAUUUGGUAGUGCCUGUCUUUUGACUGCAUCAAGUCGAUGUAAAGAAGCUAGCUAGGUAAAGUAGCAAGGCUAAUUUAGGUUAUUUUGCUGCGCUUCCUGUCUUUAUCUACAACAACUCCAUUCAGAUUAAACAGCCUACCUGAUGGUUGAUCAUUGCAGCCGACUCCUCAUUUAGCCAACUUAAUUCCAUAAUUGUAAUUCCGUUUUGCAUUGAUUAUAAAUCAAUGCCUCUGACUGUAGCCGUUUUGAUUGACCAACAAUAACAACAAGCUACAUGUUGGCUACCGGUGCGUCUUUUAUGGGGCGCACUAUUAACUGUCAACUUUUUAUUACAUUUGAAUGUAAUGUAGGCUAUGUAGCAAUGUCACAUAGAUAAUGUUAUUUCAUUUUAGACCAAGCCUUUCAAAAACAUUUUCUUUCCCCAUCCCUACUCUACAGAUGGUCAUACUAUCAACAAACUUGGUUGAUAAGGAACAGCUUGCUAAGGUUAAGGUUAGGUUUAGACUAAGGUAAGGAUUAAGAUUAGUAGAUAGUUAGUAGAAAUGUUACUGAUAGUCUGUAGACCAUCUACAGAUGGACUAUCCAAAUAAAGUGUUACCCUUUCCCCCCCCCCUCCAUGUUGUCUAUCACUUUUUUUGAGUUAUUUGUGUUUAUGGGGGGGAAGGAAUGGGGGGUAUUAACAUAAAUUGAAAUGUCUGUCUAGUGAAUUGGUGACUUCUCUGACGACCUUGUAAAGCAAUAAAAACAAAAGUAGUUGAAUGUUGACUUCUGCACUCAACUCCAUUGUGAACAAUUGUAAGUGAAAUUAUUUAAGAUUAGAAUCAUGUAACUAUUUUAUCAUUUCUGUAAAGUUAUUCUAAUGUUGGUCCUUUUAAUAAAAAUGUAAGCGUGA